AUGCUUCACCGACUCAGAUCGGACGAGUAUCUUGGAUACAUACUUAUCUUAGGGGAUCUUCGUUUUGAAAAGGCUUUGCUUCUUUUGCACUGGUCAAAACGAAGCCAAAGUUUUAGCGCUAAACACAAGGAGCGGAGGACGGUCGACCUGAAAGAUAGUGCUUCCAGAGGGAAGAUGUUUCUUCAGAGCUCAAAAGUUCUCAAAGUCAAUGACCAUGAUCUUAUCCUCUUCGUUUGUAAAAAAAUUCCGUAA